AUGCAAGCAGCUGACGAUGCCGACCAAGUGUUGUUCCAUAAAGUACAUAAAGGUUGGUUUGAGAAGAAAUUUUAUUUUUUUUAUUCUUAGUGACUAAGGGCCUGUUCAUAUGGGCAGAAGUUAUCCCGGUUAGCGAGAAAACUUUUCGAGCGAGAUAUCGCCUUGUUACGAAAAUAAUAUGAAAAGUUACAUUGCGUUCAUAUGAGACGAAACGUUUUCCCGUGAUACCGAGAUCUCGCUUGCUGACAGGCGAGAUCUCGGUGACCGGGAUAAUGUUUUCCCCAUGUGAACACAACUUUCCCGCUUAGCGGGAUAACUUUUUUUCGUGUCAGCAACUUUUCAAUUCAAAACUUUUCCCGGUAAGUGGGAUAAUAUUUCUCCAUAUGAACAGAACAAAAGUAUUUGGCUGGUCGAAAAGUUCUCUCGUUAACCGGGAUAACUUUUGCCCAUAUGAACAGGCCCUAAGCCUAAGGUCUAUAUAGUGCAACGUCGCUCUUAAUUAACAAGUCGAACGUUCGGUUCUAGUGCCACGCUAUAUGCAUUUUCAUGCAUGCAAUAUUGACCGCGAUAGCUGCGUUUAACUUGAGUAGAAGUGUCUACGAUUAACUAAUAAAAACGGCCUAUUGAACUAGUGGUAGACCGAGAACGGCAAAGUACAGAGGAAAACAUCGAAUUGGUUCGACAAUCCCUUACGCAAAAUGGCCAAAGAUCUGCAUUUUCUAACGAAUAAUUUUAAAAUUUUGAAAAAAACGUGUACUUUCUGACUGUAGCGCGUCUAACAGGUUAUUGUUGCAUAAUAUAAAAAGUCCAUCAAAAAAAUGAUGCUCCUCGUUGAAAAUUCUAAACCCGCGGAAAAGAGGGACCGCUCGCAGUUUACGUUGAAAACGAUGUUUCUCACAUGCACACUCUGAGGUAUUUUAUAGGACGAUCAUCAAACUCUCAAAGGACUUGUAUUCAUUACAUAAAACGUUCAUUACCGUUUUGCUCUACAUGAAUUGAGUUUGAAAAAUUCUUAUAAAACCUUAUUCCUGCAGGUAAGAAACUAAUCGAGAAUAUGUUGUCAGAGCAUAAAGCCAUAUCCUGGUUGGACUGUGCUCUACAUUGUCAACGAUACGUCGAUGGAUUUUGUGCGGGCUUUAACUACAAAUCAACAAUGAAUGGCAAUGAGGUAAACUGUCAAUUAACCGUUGCCCAACAACAGCGUGAUGGCGUCAUCGAGGCAAAAACCAAGAACGACUGGGCAUUUUACCAACGACAAUACAUCAAGGUAAAAUUUAACUCAUCGUUUCGGCAGGACGAAGAUUUGAUCAAGUCCUAGGACUGGAUGAAGUUUGAUCAUGCAAGUCCUAUAUAGGACUGGAUGAGGUUUGAUUAAAUCCUAGGACUGGACAAAGUCAUUCUCGUCCCCAGGACAAUUUUCAGUCAGUCACUCGUUGAAAAUUAGGUUCAGGGUUAAACGACUAAUGGGAAAGAUCGGAUUGGUAUCUAAGAGAACUGCUAUCUCGCAGGGAAAAACUACUGCAAGUUUUCUUGCACUUGCAACUAUAAACUUUGUACAGCAGGGACAGAGAGAAAAAAAAGAAAGUUAGUUAUUAUGUAUUAAUAUUCAAAGCACCAACAGCAAUCUUUUAUCUGAUUUAUAACACGGGGCGAUACCCAAGUGUCAUUUAGUUAAUUUUUUUUAUUUAGCUUUUGCCAACUUGGGCAGGGUCACCACAACAGCAUAUGCCAAUUACUCUGGGCCCCUUUACCUAAUCCACCCUGUCAACUUUCCCUGUGGCGGGAGGAAACCGGAGGACCCUGGGAAAACCCACGACUUUCGGAGGAGCGUUGACUUUUACUCUUUUCACACGAGGACUGGGUUCGAGUCGCAUUGAGGAAGUACUCACUGAGGCUUGAACCUGCGGCCUUAGAAGUAAAAGGCAAGUGCGCUAACCACUUCGCCACCCAAGCCCCACACAUUUAAAAGAUCUGAUGAAACAUGUACUUCGAGUGUUUUGAAUCGCUAAUUUAGUCUGCUUCAGAAAUGCUCGAUUUGACCUAGUAAUUUUGAAAAUCAACAUUGUCUAACAGGAGAAACUUAAAGACGAAAUUUAUGUUAAAUUGAUUUCUUUUUGCAUUUUCCCUUAUCGUAUUCCCUUUUUUUAUUCCUAUAUCGUACCCUUCAAUUUCAGCACCCCCCCUUUUGGUCUACCAGAAUUGCAGUCCCCCCUGUUUUCAUCUGGAAAAAUCUCAGUUCCCCCAGUUUCUCCAUCCCCUCUCCCCCACCCAUAAAUAAUGAAUGGUCCCUUACUACGGGAGGAAACUAAGCUGGUUUAAUUAGAUCUCUAUGGAGAACAGUUUAGAACCGAUAAAGUUUUAUCCAGUAUAAAUAAAGUUAGUUCAGUAAAGAAUGUUCUUCUAUAGGUCCGGUUUAGAACAGCGUCUAAAUCAACCUCGUUCCCAGACCCUGGGAACGGGGGUGCGUCUAAAUCAAACCUUGAUUAUAGGUUUCACACGGUACGGUACAAAAUACGGAAGUCAUGUAUUACGCGACACAGGUUCGACAUACAUAUACACACAUACAUACAAACUUUAUUUAACCACGCUAGCUUGAACAACCCUUGGGAGGCUGAUUUCCACAAGGGACUUGUUCCGAGCUUGUUGACAAGUUGUCAACGACUUGCUACAAGCCUGUUGCGAACACAUUUUGUUGACAAGUUAUAUGUCUUAAUCGUAUCUGUCAUCCGAUUUAAUACGAUUUACUUAUACUAGGAACCAUGCAGUCCCUCGCCUUGUGCUGAUGAAAGGCACGGAAAAUGUGUCGUGAAUUCUGAUGGAACAGCUGUGUCAUGCAAAUGUUUUGAGAAGUACGAAGGGAACAGAUGCGAAAUACGUAUUUUUGAUGGUAAGCCUGUCUGUCGCACACGUUUCAUUCAUACGUACGUAAUUCAUUACACUAAAAAAAUGUAACCUUUGUGGGUUAAGGCCCUGUCACACUAUUGUGUAUGCGAGAAACGUAUGAGAAGCGUAUGGAAAUUAAUGAAAUAAUUUUCAUACGCAUCAAAAUCUUUUGAAAUGCCAGCGUAUGAGUACCGUACAUCUGGCGUACCUCUAGCGUAUUCAGCGUGUGCCUAGAGUAUGCUUAUCGUAUAAAACAUACGUCCGAUACGCACAAAAUUUUUGAACAUGCUUAAAAAAAAUUUUCUGGCUCGGCGCAUGCCAGCGUAUGUCACCGUAUGCGACCGUGCUUGAAACGUAUACAACCUACGCCUAACUUACCCCUAGCGUAUGUCAGCGUAUACCGGCGUAUGAGUGAUAUUUUUCAUACGCUGGAAUACGCUAGUACGAUACGCAAUAGUGUGACAGGGCCUUUAGGAUAAACAUAGUGAAUAAGUAAUAUCACAAUGAUUGUCAAGGCCAUUGUUUAAGAAUUCAUCAGUAGUACUAUGCUGACAUGGUUGUUGGUGACAAAACGUUUGGUGUGGUGUUGUAUGCAGUAGGGGGGCUGGGGUAUCCUUCCGAAGAGUAUUUUCGUAUUUUUCCACCCCUAGGACAGUAUUUUGUGCUUUAGUCUGAAAUAAACUUUUGGAUAUACAGUGUUACAUUAUAUUAACUGAAUCUUCAAUUAUAAUAAGUGCUUGCAUGGUAUGUUUAUGGAAAAUCCACAACUCGGUCACUAUAACUUGUUUAGAGAAUAUCACACUUCCCUUCCAGAUUCCAUUUUUCUGCCAAUGUUUUUCUUAUAUUUUAGAGAAAAGGGACCUUGACUAGGAGGGAGGUGGCAAAAUAGUUGACUGGGGGCCCCAUGGGGGCUGGGAAGGGGCUUUUGCCUACCCAGUUAUAUAGUUAAUAUAAUAAUAGUCUAUAUAGGCCGAGUAUGUAAUUAGGUAUACGAGUGUAUUGCUUGAUGUGAAGCGCAUUUGACUUCUUUCAAUACAUCGAAUUCAUCCGCUUCAUAGCUUGUCCUGGCGAAGCGGGGUCAUAUAAACAGCCCCUUAUUCAGCAAAUUGCGCAUGCUGCCUUUGAUCCCUUGGGGGUGAGGCAGCACUUUCCUUGCGAUAGUAACUUCUAGUAAUAUCUCUAUAUAGGCCGAGUAUGUAAUUAGGUAUACGAGUGUAUUACUUGAUGUGAAGCGUAUUUGAUCAUAUCAUGGAUAAUAAAAUAAAUGGAUAGGAAACUAGCUGACAUGACCUAAUGUUUUCAAUGGGCUGAUGGCGUGAUUGGAUGUUGAAACCAAGUUGCAAACCAAAUUCUCAAAAACGGCAUGUUUAGCAAUAAUACAGCUAAACAUUUUAGUCAAAGAGCAAAUGAUAUAACUACGCCAUUCUACGAUGAAAUCUCUAAGUAUUCCCAGUCAAUUUUAGCAAAUAUUUCAAGCACUAAACAGUGAAAACGGCAUCCCAAAUUUUGUUAAAAUUGGGGACGCCAAUUUCGUAGCUACAAAUGUAAAAAAAAUACAAAACAAAGACGAAAAACAUUUACCUUGAAUACUUUGUCGUGGCUUAGGCAUGUUUUUAAAACAAUUAGACUGGUUUAUGCUUCAAUAUUACUCUUUUAAAGCGGAAUGUAUAGCGAAACAACAAAAAUGGAGAGAACUUUGCAAUACGCGUGACGUCACAGAUUGCAACUAGGUUGUUUUGCUUACGUCAGCUAGAGUCCUAUCCAUUUAUUUUAUUAUCCAUGAUUAUAUUCACAUGUAAAUUUGCACAAAAGAAAUGUUCUUAAUCUCGUCCUAAUUCACUGAUUUCUUCACUGAUUUUGCAGAUCCAAAUUUCAACUUUGCACUGAACAAACCUACGAGUCAGAAGACUUACCCAAACGUAGGGUGGAAAGCAGUUGACGGAAACAGUAAUCCUGCAUGGUCAUCAGGCAGUUGCACUCAAACUCAGCCGCUUAUCACUGACCCACAGUGGUGGAGAGUUGAUCUCGGCGAAGAGAUUCCAGUUUCACGAGUUGUGAUCACAAACAGAAACGUUGCUGGUGCGAGAUUAGGCAAUUUCGCCAUUAAGAUUGGAAACAGUUUAGAUAAUGAUGGCUUAUCGAAUCCCACAUGCGCAGGGGAUAACCUAAGUGUUCCAACUGGCCAAACUAAAACAUUCGUGUGUACACCUUGGAUACGCGGGCAAUAUUUGGUAGUUCAGUCGCAUGUUAACGAUCUUUUGACUUUAUGUGAAGUUGAAGUUUACGCCUAUACUAUGAAAAUGAUUGUAUGAUGUGCACACGUAAAAAUCUCACAACUUGUCAACAAGUCGUAACAACGCUGUUAUUUUAUCAAGUUGCUACAAGUUGUUGAAUUUGCCAGAUGAGAGGACUGGGGACGAGUGUUAAAAAGUGCCCAAAUUAAGAAAUGAACCAAAUAAUUAAAAAGACCACCUCAAGAUUAGUAAGUAUACAAAGUUUGAGGACGUUUACAUGAAUACCCUUCGAAUAAUAAGCUUUCGAAAAUCGUGAAAUUACUUAUUAAAAGAUUGUCCGCGCGUCCCAAAAACAAAAAUUACAAUACAUUUCAUAGUAAAUACCACGCUUUUCAAAAGUUUAUUAUUCGAUGGAUAUUCAUGUAAACGUCUUCAAACUUUUUUUCUUACUAAUGUUGAGGUGGUCUUUUUAGUGAUUUGGUUCAAUUCUUAAUUUGGGCCAGUCUCGUUCCCCGAGCCUGCGACCCUCGGGAAGGAACGCGAAGCUCUGGGAUAAUCCGUUUCAGGGAGGAAUCUGAUUGGCCGUUGAAAUGGAAUACUUAAUUCAAUCUUAGCCAGAAUUCCUGGCUUCCGGCAACGGAUUAUCCCAGAGCCUCGCGUUCCUUCCCGAGGAUCGCAGGCUCGGGGAACGAGAUUGAAUUUGGGCACUUUUUAACACUCGUCCCCAGUCCACUCAUCAACUUCGGAAUGGCUAAUUGCAGGAAAAUAACAAGUUUGGAAUAACUUGUAACAAGUCUGUUGAGCUCGACAACCUUGUAGCAAGUUGUCUACUAGCAGGGAACAAAGCAAUGCGAACACAUCCUGACUGUUGACAAUUGCAAGUUGUUGGAACAGCAUUGCUACACUAAGUCUGUUGCAGGUUUUACGUGACAACGAUAUAUAUACAAUUUCUUGUAUAUGCUUUGGGUAACAGUGUCAUAUGUAUUGUACGAUGAUUAGGUACAUACAAAAACGGAGAACUUGAGUUAUAUUUUCUUCCUAAAACCAAGAAUAUUGUCAUAUAUAGAGGUCAGGCUAGGGUGCAACACUAAUGUAACAGUGUGUUAUUCUAUGUAACACAAUGCAAUAGUAUGUAACACUAUGUGACAGUAUGUAAUAGUAUGCAACACAAUGUAACACUAUGUGCAGUGUGUAACACUAUGUAACACUAUGUAAAAGUAUGUAUAUAAC